CCCUCUGUAACCAAUGGUCCUUACUUGGUUCGCAUAGCGACGUGUGAAGCCAUAUAGAUAAUAAAAUCGUAGGGAACGGAUCAGACGCAGGGACACUGUCGGAAUAUAUCAAAGCAAAAUGGCAAAACAGCUAACUCAGAAAGAACGCGAUGAAUUCAAGGAAGCUUUCGACAUCUUUGACAAAAAUGGAGAUGGAAAGAUCACCAAGGCCGAGCUGGCCGAUGUGAUGACUCAGCUGGGCAAACGACCCUCUGAUAAUGUACUCACGGCUAUCAUUAAUGAUGUCGACGAUGACGGAAGUGGUUGUAUAGAAUUUGAAGAAUUCAUCACCAUGAUGCUGAAGUACAUGAAGAAGCCCGAAAAAGAGGACAUUGAGGCCACAUUCAACUCAUUUGACGUAAAUCACGACGGUAAAAUAGACAAGGAGGAGUUAAAGAAGGCCAUGGAGACACUGGGUAUCAAGUUUACUGAUGAGGAGCUCAAGCAAAUGAUCAAGGAGGUGGAUGAAGAUGGGGAUGGAGAAAUUAACUGCGAUGAAUUUGCGAAGCUUAUACGCUAGCUGAUGUCACACCAAUUUCCCUAGUGAUGCAAGGAUCUUGAUGGAAGGAUCAGGAGGAAGACAAGUUGCUGUGUAAAUAAACGUAAUACUACAUGGUGCUUCUGGCUACAUGUACCUAAAUCAAUUUUUACAAUUCCGAACAUUCUUUAAUUCUUUCGUUUCAUUCUAAUCAUGCGCCACCAUGUAUAUUCAACUGCAUACUAUCUCAACGUGCCUUUUAUAUUACUGAAGCGUGCUAAUAAAAGCGUACACACCCAUUGCUAGGAAAUCCUUUAAAUUCAGCUGAGGGGUUCGAUAUUGACCAUUGAUGUCCGUUAAAAAACUCGAUGGAUGCAUAAUUAUAUAUAUCCAGUAGCAUGCUCCAUACAUUGUAUGGUUACUGGCUCGUCACAUUAAUGAAGCUUGUGAUACCUCCUUAUGUCAGUGACCAAUUAUAGGUAAUAAAAACAAUAACCAUAAUUCGCCUGAAGUUUACAAGUUUACCAAUUGUUCAUAUGUAUAAAGGCUUUGCAUGCGCCAUUCUAGAUUUUGUUGGUAAAGUUAUAAUUGGUUCAUGAUAUCUAGCAUGGCUAUCACUAUCAUUCGAAUGUUUGAAGCACAAAACUUAUCACUUUAUUGAUACAUGUACCAUUACACCUUAGAUAUAUACAAUGUACAACCAGUUUCAGCCUUUAGUAACUCAUUAUUAUAUGUUUGACGGUUUGAGAAACAAACUAGACAAUGAAACUUCUGAAUCGUGAGUAUAUAAAUCGUUAUGUAUAUGCAUAUUGAGCAAUGUAAAAUGCUUUGAUAUUGUUUCUUUAAUUUCAAUGUGGAGAUUAUCUGGAGAAUUUGGGAAAUAUUAGUAUAUUCCACCAUUUAAAAUUACGUCGAGGUCGGGUUGCACCCGACAAUUGAAGGUUUCUUGUCGUGUUAAACAAAAACUGAGCUCACAAGUUGUUUUUGGGGCCAACGCAUGAUCAUUGAGUUCAGAACUGAUGGGGAUUCAUGAAUUCAAAUGAAACUCACAGAUGCGAACUCAAUUGUCAAACACAUUUUUUUACGCAUAUGGAUGAAAUAACAAUACGAAGCUUAUUUUUUGUACACACUGUCAUCAGCAAGUCUCGCUACUCGGGGUGUCCAUUUCUCAAAGUCGCGGCACAAACCGAUUUUUCGUUGGAUAAAAAAUUGCAGCAUCUCAUUUCGAUCGUCUGAUACAUUCUGACCAAAUUAGCCAGAUAUGAUGUUCAUGAGACAAAAGACGAUUAGAAGAAGCACGAAAUCGAGUACUUGUACGUGUACUUUAAUUCAUAACGUACGUUUUAAUAAAUACUGGAGUAUGAAGAUUGGUGGAGCUAAUCUAUAUUAUGCAAGUCUACAUAAACUUAGCUGUGUAGACCAAGAACAUUUCUUUCAAACGCGUCGUUUUCUUUUAGAAAGAAGAUCAUAUAGGUUAUUACGGAGCUUCAACUCUCACUCCUAAAAGUGAUCGAAAUAAGUAUCCCAUCAUUCCAGUUUUUCUUUUGGUGUCAAGACCCAACCAGAUAAUUUCCACAGGGAAAGUGUAGUGUCAUAUCCAGUUACCCAGUACAAUUUUUAAUCGACGCAUAUAAUGUUUGUAAAAUAUUAUCGGAUUACUAGUUACAGAUCUAGCGCUGUGCCAGUAUCUAAGUGUAGCGAUAGUAAUUUUUAAUUGGAAAUAGAUAACUGAGCUUUGAAAUAUUGAAAUCAUUUAAUCAAUAAUUCUUAAUACCCAAAGAAUUCUUAUGUCUUUGAACGGAAAAUCUCUUCUGCAAAGAUCGCUCUAGAAAUAUGGUAUAUUCACAGUGCAUCCAAGGCUUUAUCAGCACCAGUGAGAGACGAAUUAGUAAGUUGAGUUUUCUGCAAUUUCAGUCUGACGGACUGUUUUUUUCAUCAAUUUUAUAUAUUGUUGUGCGUUGUUGACUUGAUGGAUGCAUAUGGUAUAAUUUGUUUUAAAGAUAAAAACCUAGCCGGGUUUGUACCCAGUGUUGUUUACCAUACAUAUUGUUGUGUCGUGAUUUCAGUUUAAGCCACAUUUCGUAUUAUGUAAAAAGGGAUGCAGGUAGAUGAAAAAGUACAUUUGACUCCUCGCAAAGCGUCAGAUAUUUAUCAAAUAUUUUUCAAUGAAAAUAAUGUUCAGCUUUUAUCAAAGUUGAUCAAACUUUGAUCAAAGAAAAUAUCAUUUUUUACAAGCAAAGUUCGAUAUGUAUAAUGUCCAGUAAUGAAAAAAAUACAUGUUUGACACCAAAUCCAUCUGCCAGACAGAUACCUGAGGAGCAACACCAGAUGCAGUGGCUAACUCUCACACCUGUAUGACCUGAGUGACAAUGUGCAUGUACUUCGAUGAGUUCUUAACUUUCAGCAAUAACCAUAAGGACACGUGAUGUCAAAAAGAUUUGACUUUUUGUCCACUGAUGAUGGCUAGUUAAUACAAAAUAUUCAAUUGGUUUAUGCAAUUCAAACUCCGCUUGCGAUACACUAUAUUUACAACCCGUAUUGUCAAUAUUCACUUCUGUUAGCGUAGAUCAUGCUUGAUUCCAUGGGAAAAUUUUAGGUGAGCUCAAAUGCAAAUUGCGAUCUUUGAGAUUUUCAAGCGGCUUAUAUUCUUUUCUUUUUUUCUUGUCAAAAGACCAUCAAAUAUAUUGUGUUGUUAUAUGUAACGGUGGUCGAGAAUCAAUAAACAAUUAGGAUCGAAAGCAGUUUAGCAAGCUAGACCACAAAUCUAUACCAAACUACUAUCUAUCAGAUAUCAGAAAGAGGGAGAUAGAACUGCAUUUCUUCAAUAUGUAUGUCAUAUCGUUAAUAUAAUAGUAUAGUGUAGUGUAUGCCAUUGUUAAGAUGGUCUAUUCAAAGAUUUUUACAUUUAUGAUCAAGUAUAUCAAUUCUAUACGAAUAAACACUUGUGUGAUGA